GUCAAUUGAAUUGGUUAUGUGCUGAAAAGAUGCUUUUAUUCUGCUUAAUUUUAUCGAGGUAUUGAUUAGAUACGAUAAAAAACACAAACAACAAUAUUUGUUGUGAAAUAUCAAAAAAAAUUUCUCUGCUAUAUUGAGAUAUAGUUAUGGAAGUAGAUAACUUACCGGAUCCGACGAAUGGGGUGGACUUGAACUCUUCCUUAGAAUCAAAUGCAAAAAGCACCUCGCAGCCUUGCUCACCUUCUGAUAAUGGAGAUAGUCAACAAAGAUCAAGAUCUGCUUCGAACGCAAGCAGUGUCAGAAACUCUAGAUCAAGAUCAAAUUCUUCCAUAAGAAGCAGAUCUAGAAGUCCAUUAGACAAGAACAAUGCAAAAGAGCGUUCGAAAUCUAGGUCUAAAUCUCCUGGUGACAGAAGUAGGUCUAAUUCUAGGGGAUCACGUUCUGGAUCUGUGAAGUCUGAUGGAAAUCGUAAAUCCAGAAGCCGAUCACCUCGUCCAAGAUCUAGUUCGAGGCAGAAAUCCAAAUCGCCUUCCAGAAGUCCAUCACCUUCGAGAUCAAAAAAGUCCAGAUCACGUUCUAAGUCAGGUUCCCGUUCCAAGUCAAGAUCACGAUCAAGGUCCAAAUCUGGCUCUCGUUCAAAAUCAAGGUCUCGUUCGAAAUCUGGCUCCCGUUGUAAGUCGAGGUCACGUUCAAAAUCAAGGUCGAAAUCGAAGUCUGCCUCUCGUUCUAAAUCAAGGUCACGUUCAAAAUCUGGCUCUCGCUCUAAAUCGAGGUCUCGAUCAAAAUCUGGAUCACGCUCAAAAUCAAGGUCGCGUUCCAAAUCAGGAUCCCGUUCGAAAUCAAGGUCACGAUCAAGGUCCCGUUCUAAAUCGGGAUCCCGCUCUAAAUCAAGGUCUCGCUCUAAAUCAAGAUCUCGCUCUAAGUCAAGAUCCCGCUCAAAAUCUGGAUCUCGUUCCCGCUCCAGAUCAAGGUCUAAAUCAGGAUCGCGUUCAAAAUCAAGGUCACGAUCGAAAUCCGGAUCUCGCUCCAAAUCAAGGUCACGUUCUAAAUCCGGUUCCCGUUCGAAAUCAAGGUCGGCUUCACGCUCCAAAUCAAGGUCUCGCUCUAAGAGCAGAUCUCGGUCAAAGUCUGGAUCACGUUCCAGAUCAAGGUCAGGUUCUGCAAGGUCACGUUCUCGAUCACGAUCGAGGUCUAAGUCCGGUUCUAGGUCUAGGUCACGUUCCGGCUCCAGAAAAUCAAGGUCUAGGUCUGGCUCCAGAAAAUCAAGGUCAAGGUCCGGAUCGGCCAAGUCCAACAGAUCUCGUUCGGGCUCCGGAGAUGAGAAAACCGCUAAAAGAAAAAGGAUUGUUUCCGAUUCGGAGGAUGAGGAAGAGGGUAGGAAGGAAAAAAAGAGAUUGGCAGUGGUUAGUGAUAAUGAAGAUGAGGAGGCUGGACCAUCUAAAGAUGCUGGGGGUGAGGCUCCUCCCGAAAAGGUCGUUCCAGAUGUAUCUGACGAUUCGGACGAUGGUAUCGAUAGGAACCGUAAUGAGGGCGACAACGAUGGGGUGUCUGAUUUCGACAAGAUGUUAGCUAGGAAAAAAGAAGAAAACUCGAAGAAGCGGAAAAGGAAGGAUAUCGAUAUCAUAAACGACAAUGAUGAUAUCAUCGCUCAACUUUUGUCUGACAUGAGAAACGCUGCCGAGGAGGAUCGUAGACUGAACAAAGCAAACAAACCGGCAAUAAAAAAAAUAUCGAUGUUGUCAAAGGUUAUGUCCCAGUUGAGGAAACACGAUUUGAUGUUGGCUUUCAUCGAGCACAACGUGUUGAGCGUGUUGACGGACUGGUUGGCGCCGAUGCCAGAUAGAUCUAUGCCGUCCUUGCAGCUGAGAGAAUCGAUUUUGAAAUUACUUCAAUCGUAUCCCCCAAUUGAUCAGUCGACGCUGAAGCAUUCGGGCAUAGGAAAGGCGGUCAUGUACCUCUAUAAACAUCCGAAAGAGACUAAAGAUAACAGGGAAAGGGCUGGAAGGCUGAUCAGCGAAUGGGCUCGACCAAUAUUCAAUCUAUCCACAGAUUUCAAGGCUUUAAGUAAGGAAGAGCGACUUCAAAGGGAUAUGGAGCAGCAAAUGCCUCAAAGAAGAAGGAGUGAAGGUCACUCGAGUUCACAGAAGAACGAUAACGAGUUGACUGAAGCUCUGAAUGCUGAUGGAAAACCUCUUCGACCAGGAGAUCCGGGCUGGAUUGCCAGAGCCAGGGUGCCUAUUCCAUCAAACAAGGACUAUUUAGUCAGACCUAAAUGGAAGUCUGAAGUUGAUAUAAGUAGAUCUAAGAAGAAACAAAUGAAUAGGUUUGAAAGACAUUAUAAGAAUUACAUCGAUGGUAAACGAAUGAAACAGACGAGGAGAGCUGUAGAGAUAUCUAUAGAAGGUCGGAAUAUGACGCUCUGAUUAGGAUAUUUAUACAACAGGCAAUAUAUUCCUUUUUAAUUUUCAGUGAUUAGCAUCAUCCUAUGUUUAAUGUAUUUCAUUAAUUUUUCUUGUAUUAAUAAGUGUAAAUAAAUAUCAUUUGUUUAA